AUUUUUACCAAAUGAAUUAUGAAUGCUGAUGCUGAUGUGAAUGUGUGUCUCCUACAGAGAACAGAGACCAUAGCUCCAGACGGAUGCUGCCGUGUCUGUAUUCCAAAGGGUCAGUCAUGCAACGUAUCCACCACGACCGUGUACCUGGAGAACCAGGGCUGCCACGCCAAAGAACGGGUCAAUGUGACGUCCUGUAAUGGAGCAUGUCGCACCUACGCCUACUACUCUACCAAGAUGGGAUCCCUGCAGCACACCUGCUCCUGCUGCCAGGAGGAGGCUACAUCUGAGAGGAAGGUCCAGCUCACUUGCGCUGACAAAACGGAGAUUACCUACACCUACAUCCACAUCGACUCCUGCGCGUGCCACAAGACGGAAUGUUCUGUCGGCAGCGAGAUGUCAAACGUCAAGUCACAUCGACGCAGGAGAUGAGACCCAACCUGACGAGCUUAUGCCAUUUGUAAUGUAAUGAGCAUGAACACUGAUGAGUCGUACAUGAAUCAAUAUCAACAUCAUCUGCACAUAAUUCCUGUAUUCAUGUCUAAUGUUUAGCAUACUUUUAACACUUUUUUAGUUGUAGCUUGAUUAGAUUAUAAACCCACAAAUAUCUUAUUAAUAAAGAUUUUACUGCAGACUAAG